AUGUGGGGUGCCUAUUUCAGCAGCAGCAGCAGCAGCAGCAGCAGACCUUUCUUUGGGGCUCUUGUUGCUGCUGCUUCCUCAGAUCUCGCAUAUUCAGAUCCCCAGGGAAGACAGGCUGUGUCUUCUCUUUUCAAGGAGCGCGUGCUGCCGCUGCUGCAGCAGCAGCAGCAGCAGCAGCAGGAGAAGGCAGAGGCCUUCCUCAGACUCGCGGACGCCCGCAAGCAGCAGCAGCAGCAGCGCCUGCAGCAGGAGCUUGCUGCGUCCGCCUUCCCGCUGCACAGCAGCAACUCCAGCUGCUACAGCAGCAGAAGCAGCAGCAGCUUGCUGCAGCAGCGAGCCAACGCUGCAGCAGCACAGGACGUGGCGGAAGCUGCUGCUGCGGCUAUGAUGCGUGCGGAAAUUGCAGCGCAGCAGCAACCGCAGCAGCAGCAGCAGCAAGAGCAGCAGGAACCUGCAGGUGAGGGCGGUGCGAAUAGCAGAAGCAGCAGCAGCAGCAGCAGCGGAGCAGCGGAGCUCAGCCAAGAGCUGGUAGAUUUGCUGCAUCUGCUGCGGGUUCGCUGCGUAGUGCAUCCGCAGCUAGAGACAGAUGAUGCAUUUCAGUUUAGUGCUGCUGUUAUGGAGCUGCGGCUGCUGCUGCAGCAGCUGCAGCAGCAGCAGCAGCAGCAGGACGAGGAGGAGUCGCUGGAGGACGGCUGGGACUCCGAAGAUGAAAUGGAAGAACAAAAUGAGGAAGAGGCGCCACAGAGGAAGCAGCCCAGGCUAGAGCAGCAGCAGCAGCAGCAGCAACAGCAGCAGCAGCAGCAGCGAAAGGAGCAGCAGCAGUCCAACGACCCCAGCACGUCGGUAGGUCGCCGCAGCAGCAGCACAGGCAGCAGCAACGGCGACCGCGGGUUGUAUUUGCUGCAUGCAUUUAGCAGCAAACACUUCUUGUCAUUUGGCUAUCGUUGCCUUGCAGUCUUAUUGCUGUUACCGCUGUUGCUCGCGUUGCUGCUGCUGCUGCUGCUAGGAGUGCUGCUGCUGCUGCUGGUGGUUGGGGUUUCGGGCGGCGUUUGGCGCGUCAAAACGGAGCAAGUGGAUAAUGCGGGCGAGGCUGAGAAGCCGCCUGCAGCAGCGGCAGCAGCAGAAACAGCAGCAGCAGCAGCAGCAGUUGCAGAAACAGCAGCAGCAGAUGCAGCAGCAGCAGCUGGGGGUGCUGCUGCAUCUGAUACUGCAGGUAGAGAGGAGGCUGCUGCUGCAGCAGAGGAUGCGGUGGCGGGAGGAGAAGCAGCAGCAGGAGAGGCAGCAGCAGCAGCAGCAGAAGCAGCAGCAGCAGAAGCAGAGGCAGCAGCAGCAGAUGAUGCAGCAGCAGAAGAAGAGUGGCCUCUUCCCUUAGGGAAACAGGCCAUUCUCGUGCUGAGCAAGUGCUUCUUCCUUGACGCUCUCUCCACAGUCUUUGCAUUCCGCACGGUUCCUUGGGCGCGCGCCUCUGUGGAUCAGCUCUUCCAGCAAGCAUACAGGCACCGGUAA